AUGAGUUUCGGUUUGAAGUCACUUCGGUUUGAAGCUCACUUACCAUUAUUAUUUCACCAAAGAAAUCACAAACUUCUUAAAUUGUUUGUUGCUUCAGAUAGAAGAAUGUCUGAGAAAUCAAAAGCAAAAGUAUUUGUUAGCAGGGAUGAUUUUCCUGCCGAAGGAAUGAAUUUAUUAAAAGAAAGAUGUGAUCUUGAAAUUUGGCCCCUUAAAAAGGGGCUCUUAUCCAGGGAUGAAUUAGUAAAACAGAUCAAAGUAAAAGAUGCUUUUUAUAUCGCACUUGGUGACAAAAUUGAUAAAGAGCUUUUGAAAUCAGCAGGUAAAAAUUUUAAAGUUAUUUCUACUAUGUCUGUUGGACUGGAUCAUAUUGACGUAGCAGCUGCAAAGGAAGCAAAGAUUCGGAUAGGCUACACACCUGACGUACUUACAGAAGCUACUGCUGAAUUAACUAUUGGUCUAUUAAUAGCUACUUCUAGGCGUCUAUUUGAGGCAAAUAAAGCUCUCAGAUGUGGUGAUUGGAAAUCAUGGUCACCUCUAUGGAUGUGCGGCCCUGGUUUAGAAGGCAGUACUAUUGGAAUAUUUGGCUUUGGUAGAAUUGGACAAUCAGUUGCUAAAAAAUUGCUGGCAUUCAGGGUUUCCCGCAUACUCUAUUGUGGAAGAAAAAAAAAAGAAGGCAAUGAAAUAGGAGCUAUUCACACUGAUUUCGAUUGCCUUCUGAAAGAAAGCGACUUUGUUAUUGUGAAUUGUUCUUUAACUCCUGAAACAAAAUGUGUAUUUAAUAAAGACAAAUUUUCCCUGAUGAAACCUACAUCCAUCUUUGUUAAUACUGCAAGAGGAGGUGUUGUUGAUCAAGAAGCCCUUCUUGAAGCUUUGCAGAAUAAAGUGAUUGCUGGUGCAGGUUUAGAUUGUAUGAACCCUGAACCAAUUCCUACUGAUCAUCCUCUUACAAAAUUGGAUAAUUGUGUGUUACUUCCACACAUAGGAAGUGCAACAUUUGGAUCUCGUAAUGCUAUGGGAGUCUUGGCUGCACAGAAUAUCUUAGCUGCCCUUGAUGAUAGAGAAAUGCCUGCAGAAAUUAAAGUUUGA